AAAGUAAAGGAGAUAAAGAGAAUAAUGAAGAGAAAAGGGAUACAGAAGAAAUAGAAGAAAAUAUAAAAGAGGCAGAAAAUGAAGAGGACAAAAAUAUGGAAGAGAUGAUAGAUGAAAAGAUAGAAAAUAUGGAAGCAAUAGAUAAUGAGAAUAAUAUAGAAAAUAUACUUGGAAUAAAAUAUAUAGUAGUGAUAGAUAAUAAGGAUGUGACUGCAAAUAUAGAAAUAAUAAAUGAUGAAAAUGAGAUAAGUAAUAUGGAAGUGAUAAAUAAUGAGAAUGAGGUAGGAAAUAUGGAAGCGAUAGAUGAUGAAAAUAAGAUUGAAAAUAUGAAAGCAAUAGAUGAUGAGAAUAAAACAGAAAAUAUAGAAGUGAUAGAUGAUAAAAAUGAAAUAGGAAAUAUGGAAGCAAUAGAUGAUGAGAAUAAGAUAGAGAAUACAUAUAUAAUAGAUAAUGAUGAGAAUAAGAUAGAGAUAGUAUAUAUUAUAGAUGAUGAUGAUGAGAAUAAGAUAGUAGAAAACAGUAAUAUAGGAAUUGAGAGAGAAAUAAAGAUAUUUGAAAUUAUCGAAAUAGAAGAUGACGA